UAUCUCAUCUUCAUCAGCCCGCCUCUCUCACUCUCUCUCUACUCUCUCACUACUCUCUCACUAGAAUUUCAAUGGCUUCCGACGGAGAAUUCAGGUGUUUUGUCGGUGGUCUUGCAUGGGCCACUGAUGAAUCUGGUCUUGACAAAGCAUUUUCUCAAUACGGUGAAGUCAUUGAAGCAAAGAUCAUCAAUGAUCGUGAAACCGGUAGAUCUAGAGGUUUUGGAUUCGUGACUUUCAAGGAUGAACAGUCAUUGAAGGCUGCGAUUGAAGGAAUGAACGGUCAGGAUCUUGAUGGUCGUAACAUUACUGUUAAUGAGGCUCAGUCUAGGGGAAGUGGUGGUGGCGGCGGCGGCGGUGGGUACAACCGUGGUGGCGGUGGCGGUGGAUAUGGUGGUGGAGGUGGUAGUUAUGGUGGAGGCGGUGGUAGCUAUGGAGGUGGUCGUGGUGGCGGUGGAUAUGGUGGAGGCGGUGGUGGUUAUGGAGGUGGCGGCGGUGGAUAUGGAGGUGGCGGCGCUGGUCGUUAUUGAAGGGGAGGUGAUUUGAGUAAUUGAGGAUCUUAUUAUUAUUAUUAUGUUUUGUUUUAAUGGGGUUUGCGAAUUUUAAUUACUGUUUUGAAAGUAUUAUCUGAACUUUAUUAAUUAUUAUGGGUUUUGUUUUGUUAAUUUUGAAUCUUAUUUUUAUU